UAGAAAGUGUGGGCAAUGUACCGAGGCCUUCAAACCGAGUGUGCAGCCAGUCAGCAGUAUCAUAAUUGUUGGGGAAUUGUACCAAAAUCCCUGGGAAUAAUGUCUGUGAAACUGCACUUUGUAUCUCCUGCUGAUUCUAGCGGAAUCAACCGCAGCCGUUCAUUUACAAUGCAAAUCAAAAGAACUCAAGUUUCUUCUGUCAGCAGAAAUUCUCCAAGGUCACGACUGCCCUCAAUAAAAUCUACAAGGAAGUAUGCCAGUUCACAAAAGAACUCCAACAGUAUGGAGCCACAGCCUAACCGAGUGGAGAAAAUUUGCAAAUCAUUACGGAAAGGCCUAAACGAAUAUCUCGAAACGCAUCAAAAUGAAUUGGAUUUGCUAAACAUGCAGCAGAAAGACAUGAAAAGGAACUCCAGACUGGCUUUCUUAUAUGACCUGGAUAAGCAAAUUCGGACCACCGAAAGAUACAUCAGGAAACUGGAGUUUCACAUCAGCAAGAUAGAAGAGCUAUAUGAAUCCUACUUCAUUCAAUGGCGGCUACGCAAUGGUGCAAGCAACAUGAAGCAAGCUUACACUGUGACUCCUUCUACCAAAGGAUCGAGGGAAACAUUGCUCAAGAUUAACAGAAACUACAAGGAAUGUACAGAGGAUAUGUGCGCAAUUGAGAGAACAUUAGAAGUGCUACUUGGGGAGUUUCACAUUAGAAUGAAAGGUUUGAUUGGUUUUGCUCGCUUAUGCCCAGGGGAUCAUUAUGAGGUAUUGAUUAAAUAUGGUCGACAGAGAUGGAAGCUAAAAGGAAAAAUUGAUGCUGAUGACAGACAAACAUGGGAUGAAGAAGAAAUGGCCUUCCUACCACAUAUUAAUGAAGACAUUGAAAUAAAGGUAGCUGAGCUGAAAGGUUUGAUGACUGUUUUGGUUGGAGCAGUGACUUGCGAAAGUGCGGAUUUCUUCUCUACAAAGCCUCAGAUAAUGAUUGUGGAUAUUACUGACUUAGGCACUAUUAAACUUCAGCUGGAAAUCACAUGGGAUCCAUUUGAUAAUGAUGACGUUUCAGUAACAUCUGGAUCAAUCUCCAGAUUCUCUUUGCCGAGUCGCAAAGGCUCUGUGUAUAACUGGACACCUCCGAGCACACCGAGCUUCAGGGAGAAAUAUCUAUCUCAUAUUGGACAAGAGGAUACACUACCUUUAUUAUAUCAUGAAACAAAAGGACAUUUUAUCUUUAAUCAAUUAGGAAAUGGACACCACAAUACAAAUUUGUCAUCUGUACCAGAAAAUGAGAAAUUUUACAAUUAUGCAAAUACAGACAAACGAAGAAACAGUCAUUGCACUAAUAAUACAUUUGCAAUUCAAGACCCAUCUAUGGAAUUAUCGUAUAGCCUGCAAGGAGGUAUCCCUACAGAAAGGGCUGUACCAUCACCUUAUGUAGAAUCGACUUAUCCAAAGCAAAAAGAUUCAAUACCAAACAAACCAUUUCAAAGUUGUUCAGCAACAGCAAAGUCUGCUUUGCACAUCAAACCACACUUCAAACUACAGCAAUCUACUGGAAAAAGUGCUGAAUGGAACUCAACUGGCCAUAUCAGGAAUGCAGAUCUUACCAAACCAUUAGGUCCACAGAGAACUUUGACAGUCUUCAGCACGCAGAGAGACAGCACUUUAAUGUCUUCUGGAAAGAACAUAAGGAUGGAAUUUAUUUCAGUAAAUAUAGGCACCAUACUGCAAGAAAUAUUGAUUAUUCUAAGGACUGAUCAAAGAAAUCACAAGGAACUUCAAAGACUGGAGCAGCAGAUUCUGCACUUCAGAGAUUUUCUGAAGAGAGAAGCAAAAGAUAGCUCAAGUGCAUCUACUGUCAGUCUUACUGUUGAAACAGUCUUAGAAAGCUUCAACUUCCUAAAUACUGAUUCAAGUGAAGAUAAUCUUUCAUGCUCUGGGAGCAUUAGGAUAAAGGAUGAAAGGUAUGGUACCUACAAUAAAGGCAAUAUUUGUCAGCAUGCUUUGACUAAGAACGGAGAUUUAGAAGUUAAAGCGCCAAGAACCCUUGCCCUGACAUCAGAAAAUGUGUGUCUUGAUCAAGUCCUCUUAACUCACCUGCAAGUGUGCAAGAGACUUCUCCAGAGAUUUACAUCGACUGGCUGUGUACCUGUCCUUCAGAGCUACAUAUUAGAGGAACUCUCUCAACAGAUCCUGGUUUUGGAAACGCUAGCUCUCAUUUGUGAGAAGUCACAGAAUAUUAAAUCUGUGGAAGAAGUUAUUCCAAAAUCAAAGAUGUGUAAAUCUGUCCAGUCAUUCUGGAGUAAGUGCAUGGAGAUAGACAGUGUAUUAUACUCAUCAGCUGAGAGGUUCCUGGCACAACUAAGAAAUUGUUACACACAGAAAGUGGCUGCAAGGCACCCAGGACAGACAGAAAGAGUAUUCAGAACACUUCUGUACCAGAUUGUCAGCUGUUGUGAAUUGCUGCUGUGUCCUAAUGUCUCAGAGGAAAUAGUGACAGUCUUCCAGUUUUUCAACUAUGUGAAGAAGUACAAUAUUACUCAGCUGGGGACACACCUGACAAGACUUGCAAAGGAAGUAUUUCUCCCUGAAGAACUACAGACUGCACAGAAGAUGAAGACAUUGAAAAAGUUAAAAGACAAAUUAGUUUCUGAGCUUCAGCCUCUGCACCAAACCUUACAGUCAAUCUGCAUUCUUCAAUUAGAUGAGAACCCCAAGAUUGCACAAACUGUAAUCUCAUUCCUUCGCAGUGCUUCAGCAAAUAAUAUUUUUAGAGCAAAGGCUUUGGCGUAUUACACGGAUACCUUGAGAGAAAAGGAUACACAACUCCAGAGAGCUGCCUGCAUUGCACUUAAACAACUGAAGGCUGUGGAAAGUAUUGAACAGAUUGCCAGCUUAUGCCACUCUCAAACAGCAAAUAUACGUGACACAGCAAAAGAGACCCUCCAGUCUUUUGGUGAGAAAGGUCGCUUGGCUUUUGAGAAGGUGGACAUACUAUGGUAUGAAGAAGGCAUGAACCAAAAUUCAACUACUGAAAUUACUAUUCUCUAAAAUUUUCCUGUUUUUUUUUGUCAAACCAAACUACAACAGAUAUCUGUAGAUUAGUGUGCUUGUGUUCAAUAAUUUUACUGACAUGUUUAUAUUGUAUAAAGAUUUGCAAAGUGCAACAUUUAUUUUCUGAAUUAUACAAGUGGUUAUUCGAUAUUAGUGUGCAAUAAAGUGGUAAGAUUUUGAUCACUGAUCUGUACCAAGUAGUGUACUGUACUUUAGGUUGUUAAACUUGUAAAUAUUAUUUAGACAUGUAAAAUACAUUUUAGCCUCCUCAUAAAUUUGCUGAUUAAAUUGGCUAAUCCCAAAUCUUAACAUACCAAAGUUCAGAAUAUGUCAGUUAGGUGGAAAAUACAAUGGAAAUACAUACUUGUUACCAAAAUGUAUUACUGUUAUGUGUACUGUUUGUUCAGUUGUAAACUUUUAGAAUUCACAAUAAAAGGGACAAAAUAUCUUCAAUUUGAUAAAGGAGAAAAUUCAGAUUUCCAAAACCAGUCUUUUAUUAAAGUUGGCAUUCAAAACAAAAUAUUGUACUUGAAUCAUUGGACAGUGUUAAAUGUGGGGUUGUCAUUUAAACAAUUACCUUUCUCAGAGGUUUCAGUAGAGUAGAAAGAUGCCACUUUUGUGUUGAGGGGACUGCGUAAGACAUAUCUAGUGGAUGUUGGAAUGAACUCAAUCUGCCAUUAGAGACUAUACUUUCAUGAAGCAAAACUGUCACUUGAGGUUGUCUCCUGCAUUAGGUUGAUGACCUUCGAAGCCAAAGCUCCAACAUUAGCUGAAUAAGGGCAACAUUGUUUUGUUGUGAUUUGUGAAGAUAAAUUGCAUAACAUGAACCAAUCCACCAGUAUAGUUGCAGAGGCUUAAAUAGAAGUCUCCUAAAGCUCAAUACUUACCAAACUGAACCCAAUCUCUUAGAGUUUACUGGGCAGCUGAGAGUUUGGUUUGGAGACUUGCACAUCAUGAUGGAUCUCCAUGGGUGUCGACAUCUAACUGUCUGAAAUCUCAAUGAUAGAUUAUUUUGUAAUGAGGGGAAUUAUACAAAUAAAUUGCCAUAGGCAUUUGUUAAUUUAGAACAUUGAAAAAUAGGAUAAGUCACCAAAGUGUGGCGAUCCUACGCGUGACAAUAAGGAUAUUCAUUAUGUAAAGUCAAUAUCGCACAUGUAAUGUUCCUUAUUCCUGCACUGCUUAACAAUGUGUUUCUGAACGUUCCUCUGUCAUUUGCUGUAAGCAGUAUCAAAGUACAGAAAAGUAGUAGGGAACCAGGUCCAGACACCGCUCCAACACAUUCCUGGCUGUGGGGAGGUUUACCAGAAGUGAGCAGGAUGAUGGACUAACUACACACUAACUGGAAACAAACAGCCAAUUGACAUAGUUAAGGCUCCUAUUAAGGAGGAUGUAAUGGUGCUGCUAGCAUUUUGCCAUCUGCAUGUGCAAAGUACUUGCUGUAGGCAGUGGCUGUCCAAGGGACCAGAGGAAGCAAUCUGUGGGGGUUUCCAUUCGAUCAGUGGGGUCUGCUACACGGUCUCUGACAUUUUAUUUUAAAUUUACCUUUCCCAAGCUAUCUUCAUGUUGCGAUGCUCUCUCAAACCUGCCUGCCUCAGCAGCACCGACAUCCCAGUAAGACUGGCAAGGUUUGGAGUUGGCCAAUUUGCUCCCCUCCAGGAAUAUCUUGGUGCUGGUCACCAAUUGUGGAAGUGGGAUCCCCAUUUGGUCCUGACUGCCGAAUUCCAGAGUCCACAGAAAAUUCAGUCCAAAUAAGGGCAAACAAACACAUCCCUGAAAGGA